AUGCCAGGCCAUGCUGGGCUGGCUGGAGGGACCCCACACUGCCCUCGACCCCCGACCCUCGAGCCUCGAGCCUCAAGCCGCAGCUCCACGACCGCGGCCAUGGACGUCACCAAGUUUGUCGCCGAGUACCGCGAGGCUGCCUUCCUGCUGGGCGACUACAACACCUACCGCGCCCAAUUGACCCGCCGACUGCGCAUCGUGCAGAAGAAGCUCGGCCGCGCCACGCCCAAAAAUGCCAAAUAUGCGGCAAAGACGCCCGUGACGGCAGAGGACAUCGCGAAGAACAUCGAGUUCCUCCACCUCCUUCUGCUCACCUCGGAGCGCGCAUGGGCGCAUGCAAUGGCCAUGAAGGCCCUCCACGCCGAGGACAACGCCGACAAGAACAUCACCGGCUCCACCCGCCAGCACAUCAUCUCGCGCCUGCACAAAGCCGUGCAGAGCGCCAACGAGGUCGUCGCCCUGCUGUCGGACCCCGCGAGCGCCGCCACCGAAACGGACGUGCUCGAGGCCAAGGCAUACGUGUAUGCUCUUGCUGGUGCCCAGGACUUUGAGAAGCAGGCCGAGGGUAUCAAGGCCAAGGGCGCGUCGCCCCACCGCUGGGACGCAUGUCUCACCAACUUCGCUGCAGCCAGAGUCCUGUACAGCGCUCUGCACAAGGCCACCAAGAAGGACCUGUUCAAGGACGUCCUGACUGGGACCAUCGACCCUAGCAUUCGGUACGCCGCCUACCAGAACCGCAUUCCUCGCACCGUCGGUGUGCCAGCUGUCGCGAAGAAGUACUUCCCCGCAAAGGAUGAGCAGCUGGUCAAGGCUGUCCAGCACAUCGACGCAACAGCUCUGCAGGAGGAAGAGGCAACCGCUUCGAGCUCCCAGAUCACCUGGCGUGGGCGAACCGCAAACAUUGUCGAUGCUGCCAUCGGACAGGCCCUGGUCUCAAUCGAAGCUGCGUCUGCCAACCUGGACCAGUCCAGCGCCUCUUCACCGAAAGACCGAGCCAAUGCAUACGACGACAUCCUCAUCGCAAGUCAGGACGCUGUAGACGCUACACGACGAGCCAUUGAGGAGCUGGAGAAGGAAGGCGUCGACGAAGGGGAUGCACGCAUGCAGGACCUCCGCGUCACCAACCUCGCCGUCAACUACGAUCUGAUCUCGUGGCGUAUUGGCAGGAACAGAGUGCUCAUUGGCGCGGACGAUGGCCUCACUUUCUCACCAAACCCGCCCCAGAAGCCAAGACGGCCUCGCAAGGACGGGAAAGAGUGGGCAGAACGAGAGGAGCCAACAGGCCGCAAGCUUGCACGACUACGAGAGCGCACUGCCUUGUACGACGCAAUCUUGCAAAGCAUCGACUCGAUCAAAGACCUCCGGGGUGCGGCGCGCGACACUGGCUUCAUCGCCGAGCUCGACGGCCAGCGCGCGUACUUCCAAGCGUUGAAGUGCCUGAACCUGUCGCACGCGCACGCCUUCCUGUCCGCUCCAAAGCAAGCCCUCGCCCUCUGCAGCCGCGCCAUGUCUCUCUCCUCACAAGCCGCGUCCGCGCCAAACUCGACAGCCACCACUUCAUCCAACGCCACAAAACUAGCCGUCUCGGAAAAACAGGCCGCAACCCUCAAGCAGAACCUCGAGAACCUGAACUCGCACUACCGCGGCGUCGUCGCCCUGUCCCAGCUCUCCGCAAACUCAGAUACAGCCUCCAAAGCCGGCCUCUCCAACGCCGCCCCCGUCGUCGAGCGCCUGAAUGAGUAUCCGUCUUCCGGCUCCGUCGACCUCAAGAACCUAGUCACUUGGCCGCCGAAGCUGAAACCCGUCCCCGUCAAGCCGCUGUUCCUUGACGUCGCGUGGAACUACGUCGAGUAUCCCGGCCGCGCGGCGCAGCAGGUGCAGCAGCCCGAGCCGGAGCCUCAGCCGAUCGAAGCGGCCAAGCAGGAGGAGAAACCGCAGAAGAAGGGCUGGUUCUCGUUUGGUAGAUGA